CAUAUCUAAUCCCCGAUCGAUAGGGCAUUCCUGGGGAAAAAAGAGAAGGCUUGGAAGCCCAGUGAAUAAGGCAUUGCUGCCUAGACAACUCCUGUGUCCUGAGGUUUUAAAGGGACAGACCUCCUGCCCUUCUCACCACUUGCCAGCUGUUUGGCAGCGCCCGGAUCAGAAAGGAACUUCCAAAGGCAGGGAGGGAGCGACCGCGCUGCUUCCCUCUCCCGCCCCUCCAAGGAGUGGAGCAGCCUUCGGACGCGGCUGCUGGCCCCGCGUCCUUUACCUGGACGAAGGGGAGGGACCACAGCAGAAGAGAAGCGGAUUUCUUUUCUUUUCUUUUUUUUUAACUCGUUUGAUGUUUAUUUUAUUUUAUUUUUAAUCAAGGGGAAUGAAAGGAAAGCGGGACUUUUCUUUGAAAAGGAACUGGAGUCCGAAGGGCGUCUUUCUUCGUUCCGGAUGAAGUAUCACCUGCGUCCGGCGGGAGCGAGACAACUUCGAGGACAGCAGCUUUGGCAAAGCCGACGCUCCUCAGCUAUGGGCUAUCCAGGCUGCGACUGCUGCGCGCCUCCCGCCUUCCUGUGAAGUCUGCCGUUUGCCCCGUCCGUGGCUGAGAGAAGAAGCGCGCCAGAGAGCGCUGGUGCGGGGCUCGUGCGGGUCCGCAGGCGGGGCCAAGCCAAGCAGAGCCACGGCUUACGCGCCCGCCCGGAAAGUAAAGGCAGCUCUCGUUCGCUGCCGCCCCGCCGCCCCCUUUGGACUCUCCGGUUGGUGACGGGCCCUGCAACACGAUGCCCGGGCGGCGGUUGUGGUGGCGGCAGCGGGGAGCGCUGGCGGAGCCGGCUGGCAGUUACUCCUGCAUGGCGGCGGUGCUGGCUUUUUUGCUCUUCCUGCUGCCCACCAGUUGCCCGGCGGUGGGCGCGCAGAAUGACACCGAGCCCAUCGUGCUGGAGGGCAAGUGCUUGGUGGUAUGCGACUCUAGCCCCUCCGCCGACGGCGCCAUAACUUCAUCGCUGGGCAUCUCCGUGCGCUCUGGCAGCGCCAAGGUGGCUUUCUCGGCCACGCGCAGCACCAAUCACGAGCCGUCUGAGAUGAGCAACCGCACCAUGACCAUCUACUUCGACCAGGUAUUAGUUAAUAUUGGGAACCAUUUUGACCUCGCUUCCAGUAUAUUUGUAGCACCAAGAAAAGGAAUCUAUAGCUUCAGUUUUCAUGUUGUGAAAGUAUAUAACCGACAAACUAUCCAGGUCAGUUUAAUGCAAAAUGGCUAUCCUGUGAUUUCUGCUUUUGCUGGAGAUCAAGACGUUACCAGGGAAGCAGCCAGCAAUGGAGUCUUGCUCCUGAUGGAAAGAGAAGACAAAGUGCAUCUCAAGCUGGAGAGAGGGAAUCUCAUGGGAGGAUGGAAAUAUUCAACCUUUUCAGGGUUCUUAGUCUUUCCAUUAUAAAGAAAAAAACAAGGUGAAUCCUAACCUGCAAGCUGGAACAGGAAUUCGGUUCUUAAAUGACAACAACAAUUCCCAAGAAACUUCUGCCUCCUCCUAGAACUGGGCUAGACCUGCCAAUAAUUCCAAACACCCAAUCAGACUGCCAUCACUGAAGAAGGAGAAAACUUCUUGAUGCCACUCUUUGUGUUAACUCUUGACAGUUCCUCAAGAAAUCUGCAGAUCUGAUUAGUUUUAGAUGACCAGUCAUCCUUAAGAAAGAAAGAAGUUACCAACCUGAGCAAUUUAUACCUGUGAUUGUAAAGUCAAUUUUGGAUUUUAUUGUUGGGAUUCCAUUUCCUUUUUUCCCUUUCUUCCUCUUCUUGUCUUGAAGGGAUGCAUUAAUUGGAACCACAGAAGUGUUUGUAAUGGACUUAUUCCAAAGCCAGAAGACCCCAAUAUCUGAUGAUACGUUCCUAUAUGUUUUCUCUUUUUGUGUUUGCAUAGCCUUAAAAAAAGAAACAAACAAAACACCAAGACAAAAAUAAGAUUUUUUUCAAUUAUUCAAACUUCAAAUCUGUAUCUUCUGGGGAGGGUAAUUUUUGGACAUUACUGUGUCAAGAAGUGCUUUAUUCAGUGAAGCAAAUUUUGCACGAUUGGAACCUAUUUUAUUUUGUGUUAUUCGUGUUUUCCAUCAUCCUUCUUUCCAUUUGCUGACUGUUCUUGUGCUAAAGAAGACAGGCAAUUUGACCCAUAUGAUAAAGCAAGCACAUGUAUACUCUGAGGCUUGCAGUGAAACUAACCAGUGAACGAUGCUGCUUGUGUUAUCCAGCUGAUUUAAUCAAAGCAUUUGUUGGCACCGUGGAAGACAAUACAGCUUGAGUUGGAAAGGCAGCGACUGAUAUUUCUUACAUUACCUGAAUCUAUUUCAGAAGGUUGUCAAUAUCUCAAGCAAACAUACUGUAAAAUAUAAUAUCAUUUCUUUGCAUCACUGGGCAUCUUUUGCUGCUUUCCUGAUAUUUAUUUGAUGGAUUAAUUUACUUAUGCUUAUAUAUGCUGUGAUUUGGCCUCUCUCUGAGUGUUCCCACAAGUUAUCUUCCCUCCAGGUUAAAUAAAAACAGAUUCACACCAAAUUUGCUCGGACCAGACAAUUCGUGGGGCAGAAUCAGGGAUAUUGAAAUCCUGAGGCUUUGAAAGGUUACAAAGAUUAUGUGGUUCAACUAUAAAUAUAUCAUAAUUUGUAUAUCUUUUUUUUUAUUUUUGUUGAAGUUUCCCCAAUUAACUUCCAAAGACUUUUGAGUAGUCUUAAUCCAAUACUGUAUACAAUACUGAUUUCAAAAUAAUAAAAAAGAAGAAACCUCAGGUUGAGUUAAAAUUCACCUUCUAUGUGUCAAUGUAACCAAAAUGCUGAUGAUCUUUAGAUUCAGAAUAAAUGGGUUUCAUGUCCAACUUGC